AUGCGGACGACUACGCUGCUUGCAGGCGGCGCCGCCCUCGCCGCUUCGGCCUUGGCGAUGCCCCACCACUCUGAGCGGCGUGACGCUUUCAAUGCUUACAACGCGGCCAACCCCCACCGCGAGAUCUUCAAGCGUGCCACCACCAACAACGGCCAGGACGCCAACGACAAGGACUACGACUUCAUCGUCGUCGGCGGUGGUCUCGCCGGUCUCGUCGUCGGCUCUCGUCUGUCCGAGUGGUCGAACCAGACCGUCCUCGUCAUCGAGGCCGGUGGUGACGGUAGCGACGUCGAGCUGAACCAGAAGAUUCCUGGUUACACCUACCACCACGGUAUCGUCACGACGACCGACUAUGGCUACGGCUACUCGACCGUCCCCCAGAGUGGUGCGAACAACAACCGCAAGGUGUUCCCCCUCGGUCGCGGCCUCGGCGGUUCGGGCGCCAUCAACGGCAUGUUCUGGUGCCGUGCUUCCCGGGACGAGAUCAACGCCUGGAGCGAGCUCAACCCCAACGCUACCCAGGACUGGAGCUGGGACGGUUUCAACCACUACAUCAACAAGGCUGAGUCUCUCACCAGGCCGCCGCAGGACACGGUGAACCAGUUCCACAUUCCCAUCGAUGACAAUGCGCACGGACACAACGGUCCUCUCCAGGUCGGAUGGUCGCAGUACAUCUACCCCAUCACUGAGAACUGGGUCCCUUCCUGGGAGGCCAUGGGUUUCCAGGCCAAGGACCUCGCCGCUGGCAACACGCACGGUGUUACCAUCACCCCCUCGACCAUCGACGCCAAGACCCAGUCUCGUUCGGACGCCCGUAGCUUUAUUCAGGAGGACCGCCCCAACCUGACUGUUCUCACCGGCCACCAGGUCACCAAGCUUCUGUUCAACGGCACUGACGCUAACGGCACCACUGUCUCUGGCGUCCAGUUCAUGCGCUACGCUGGUGACGAUGUCAAGACUGCCCGUGCCCGCAAGGAGGUCAUCGUUUCUGCUGGUUCCAUCAACUCGCCCAAGCUUCUCCAGCUUUCUGGUAUCGGUCCCGAGUCCCUUCUCAAGCAGAACGGUAUCGAGGUCGUCAAGGACCUUCCCGUUGGCUACAACCUCCAGGACCACGUUUCGAGCACCAUGAACUUCAACUUCAACGGUGACUACGACACCUGGCUCAAGCUCGCCAACGACAAGGGUCUGCAGGACCAGGCUCUCCAGGAGUGGCAGAGCUCGCACACUGGACUCUGGACUUACAUCAACGAGGCUAUCGGUUACAUCUCUGGCUCUGACCUUGCUGGCGGCGACUCUGGCGCUUCUGACUUUGUCAAGAACACCAAGCCCUCGGAGGUCAUCAACCGCAUCAACGACCGCCACCAGUACCCCGACAAGGUCCGCAACGGUCUCCAGCAGCAGCUCGAGAUCCAGAACCGCUGGUUCACCCAGGACAUUGGCCAGUUUGAGAUCAUCAUGAACCCUUGGGGCUCCAACGACAAGAACAUUGGCUUCCAGGUCGCGCUCCAGCACCCCUGGUCGCGUGGUACUGUCCAGAUUGCCUCCAACGACCCCUUCACUCCCCCCAACAUUGACCCCGACUACUACGGUAUCGACGCCGACCUUCAGAUCCACGCCAUGGCCUACGACUGGGUCCGUCGCCUCGCCAAGGCUGGACCCUUCGGCAACCUCCUGACCGACGAGACCCGCCCUGCCAGCAACGGCGGCGACCAGAACAACUACCUCCGCGACCAAGCCGGCACUGAGUACCACCCUCUCGGCACCAACGCUAUGCUUCCCGAGGAGGACGGAGGUGUUGUCAACACCGAGCUCAAGGUUUACGGCUUCAAGAACCUCCGUGUCGUCGACGCUUCGAUCAUGCCUCUCCACCUCUCUGCGCACCUGAUGGCUCCCACCUACGGUGUUGCUGAGAAGGGUGCCGACAUCAUCAAGCAGGCCCACGUCUACGUCCCGCCUCCUCCCCCGCCCACGACCACCUCGUCGACCAUGUCGUCUACCUCCUCGCAGACGAGCAGUACGGAGACCCCCUCGUCGAGCGCUGCCGCGGCUGACCCUUCCGCAGACGCAGCUGGAGCUAACUCUAACAAGAGCAAUGAUGGAACUAUGUCGACUGGCGCCAAGAUCGGUGUCGGAGUUGGUGUUGGUGUCGGUGGAGCUCUGCUCCUUGGUGUCAUCGCUGCUCUCCUCGCCCGCCGCCGCAAGCAGGAGAAGGCCGCCGCCGACGUUCAGCCGAGGUGGCUCAACCACACGGCCGAGGCGUUUGACGACCACGACCAGCUCCAGGCCCCUGGAGGCAUCGACCCCGACGGACGUCCCGUGUCCACGACCGGCUCGCUCGACACGAUGGCGACUAACGACCUGCGCGGCUCGUACCACCAGCCGCCGUUCCAGAGGCAGUACUAA